AUGGUCAACGACCGGUGGAAGACCAUGGGCGGCGCUUCCCAACUUGAGGACGGUCCGCGUGAGAAACCCCAGCGGCCAAGCUGUGGCUACGUGCUGUGCACCGUGCUGCUCUCGCUGGCCGUGCUGCUGGCCGUGGCGGUCACAGGUGCGGUGCUAUUCCUGAACCACACCCACACGCCGGGCACAGCACCCCCACCUGUGGUCAGCACCGGUCCGGCUGGGCCCAACAGUGCCCUGGUCACCGUGGACAGGGCUGACAGCUCCCGCCUCAGCAUCCUCAUCGACCCACGCUGCCCUGACCUCACCGACGGCUUUGCCCGCCUGGAGGGUGCCCAGGCCUCCGUGCUCCAGGCGCUGACCGAGCACCAGGCUCAGCCUCGGCUGGCGGGGGACCAGGAACAGGCUCUGCUGGACACGCUGGCUGACCAGCUGCCCCGACUGCUGGCCCGGGCCUCGGAGCUGCAGGCAGAGUGCGUGGGACUGCGGAAGGGACACAGCACGCUGGGCCAGGGGCUCACCACGCUGCAGAAUGAGCAGGGACGCCUUAUCCAGCUUCUCUCUGAGAGCCAAGGUCACAUGGCCCACCUGGUCAACUCCGUCAGUGACGUCCUGGAUGCCCUGCACCAGGAGCGGGGGCUAGGCCGGCCCCGAGUCAAGGCCGAUCUCCAGAGGUCACCGGCCAGGGGAACACGGCCCCGGGGCUGUGCCAACGGCUCUCGGCCCCGUGACUGUCUGGACGUCCUACUGAGCGGGCAGCAGGAGGAUGGCAUCUACUCGGUCUUCCCCACUCACUACCCCGCUGGUUUCCAGGUCUACUGUGACAUGAGCACGGACGGGGGCGGCUGGACGGUGUUUCAGCGGCGGGAGGAUGGCUCCGUGAACUUCUUCCGAGGCUGGGAGGCUUACCGCGACGGCUUCGGCAAGCUCACUGGCGAGCACUGGCUGGGGCUCAAGAGGAUCCAUGCCCUGACCACACAGGCUACCUAUGAGCUGCACGUGGACCUGGAGGACUUCGACAACGGCACAGCCUAUGCUCGCUAUGGGAGCUUUGGCGUGGGCUUAUUCUCUGUGGACCCCGAGGAAGACGGGUACCCCCUCACAGUGGCUGACUACUCGGGGACUGCAGGUGACUCUCUCUUGAAGCACAGUGGCAUGAGGUUCACCACCAAGGAUCGCGACAGUGACCACUCGGAGAACAACUGUGCCGCCUUCUACCGUGGUGCCUGGUGGUACCGAAACUGCCACACAUCCAACCUCAACGGGCAAUAUCUUCGCGGUGCCCACGCCUCCUAUGCUGAUGGCAUUGAGUGGUCCUCCUGGACCGGCUGGCAGUACUCCCUCAAGUUCUCCGAGAUGAAGAUACGGCCGGUCCGAGAGGACCGCUAG